AUGAGUAGCGCAGAAGACAGCGGGAGCAAGUGCUCGUCGGGGCCCAUCUCCAGCUUCACCAUCCAGUCCAUUCUUGGCACGCCGGCCGAAGCGACGCGCACAGGGAGCAAGGCGGCGUCGGGCCCCCCUCCGCGGAGGAGGACGCUGUCUGUCUCCUCAGAGGAGGACUGCAGCGGUGGGGAGGACUCGGCGGACUGCUUCUCAUGCUCGGAACCGGGCCACGGCGAGGCAUGCGGCCAGCACCGAGAACAUGACUUCUCGUGUUUAGGUCCAGCCAAGGGGCUCCUGUCUGCCACAGAGGGGCUGACAAGGAGGCAGCACCUCCCCCAGCCUCUCCUCCAGGACUACAAGGAGGAGCAGGAGCGAGCCUGCCCGUCCCCCAUGUCCGAGGAGAGGCAGGCGGACGGCGGCCCCGACAAGCAGCUGCAGGGCGGCUCGGCCAAGAAGAAGACGCGCACCGUGUUCUCCCGGAGCCAGGUGUACCAGCUGGAGUCCACCUUCGACAUGAAACGCUACCUGAGCAGCUCGGAGCGGGCCUGCUUGGCCUCCAGCCUGCAGCUGACCGAGACCCAGGUCAAGACCUGGUUUCAGAACCGCAGGAACAAAUGGAAGCGGCAGCUCUCUGCCGAGCUGGAGGCGGCUAACAUGGCCCACGCCUCGGCGCAGACACUCGUGGGCAUGCCGCUGGUUUUUCGGGAGAACUCCUUGCUGCGCGUCCCGGUUCCUCGCUCCAUCGCCUUCCCGACGCCCCUCUACUACCCGGGGAGCAACCUGCCGGCUCUGCCUUUGUACAACCUGUACAACAAGGUCGAGUACUGAUGGACUCCGUAUUCAUGUCCUCAUAUUAUAUCCUGUACAUACACGACUUUCUUUGCUGGGGGGGUAUUAACUAAUACUCACUCAGCAGUGACGCUUCCCUCAUGUAUUAAAUACACCAUGUGUAUUAUCAAUUAUCAUCAUUUUAUACUUUUUAUUUGGGAUUUUAGCCUUCAUAUCACCUUUAAAUUGAUUUUGUCCUCUAUUAUUUUUAACAAUUAAAAACGUAAUUCUUCCAUUUAAGGGGAAAAAAUGUCAUUGUUUGUAUAUUGUAAUCUGCAGGAAUAACCGCAUUCAAUAAAUUUUCUAUUUC